GGAGGAGGGCGAGUACGAUGCGGUGUGUGACGCAUGCGUGUUCAGAAAGGGGGUUCUGCGUUUUCUGUAGGUCACCUGUGUACGAUGUCUAAGGAGAAAGUAGAGAUUCCAGGUCCACCCACAUCAAAAUGCAUUCUGUAUUGGAAAAGGAAGGUCAAGUCAGAAUACAUGCGUCUUCGACAACUCAAAAGACUUCAGGCAAACAUGGGAGCUAAGAAUUUAUUUGUGUCUAACUUCACAAAGAUUCAGGAAAAGAUAAACAUCCUAAACGAUGACUGGAAGAAGCUUAGAGUUCAGCCUAUUCAGUCUAUGAAGCUGGUUGGAGGAAACCCUUUUCUCAAACAGUGCACAGUUGAGAGCAGCUUCCCCACUUUGAGCACCCAGACUUUGUUCAUGCGAACUCUAAACACUGUAGCCCUGGUGCCUAUCAUGUAUUCCUGGUCUCCACUCCAGCAGAACUUCAUGGUGGAGGAUGAAACUGUGUUGUGCAACAUCCCUUACAUGGGAGAUGAAGUAAAAGAAGAGGACGAAACCUUCAUCGAGGAGCUCAUUAAUAACUACGACGGCAAAGUCCAUGGAGAAGAAGAAUUGCUCCCAGGUUCUGUUCUGAUCAGUGAUGCUGUUUUUCUGGAGUUGGUAGAUGCAUUAAACCAAUAUUCUGAGGAAGAAGAUGAAGGACACGAUACUGCAGAAGGCAAACAAGAAGCUUUGAAGGAAGACCUGCCUGUCACACGGAAGAGGAAACGACUUACAAUGGAAAGUAACAAGAAAAGUUCAAAGAAGCACUUUCCAAAUGACAUGAUCUUUACAGCUCUUUCAUCAAUGUUUCCUGAGAAUGGCUACCCAGAAGACAUGAAAGAAAGAUAUAGGGAGCUGACAGAAGAAUCCGACAUGAAUGUGCUUCCACCCCAGUGCACACCAAAUAUAGACGGGCCGAAUGCCAAAUCUGUUCAGCGUGAGCAGGCUCUGCAUUCCUUUCACACACUUUUUUGCAGGCGCUGUUUCAAGUAUGACUGUUUCCUCCAUCCUUUUCAUGCAACUCCAAAUGUUUAUAAGCGGAAAAAUGUGGAGACCAAAAUUGAGACGGAGCCUUGUGGAUCAGACUGCUUUUUGUGGUUGGAGGGAGCCAAAGAAUUUGCCAUGAUGCAUAACCCUCGGUCAAAAUAUGCUGGACGUCGUCGACGCAAGAACCCCAAUCUCAGUGCCACUGCCUCCACCAGUGCUGCAGCCUCUACAAGUGCUGAAGCAAAAGAAGGUGAUAGUGACAGAGAUACAGGCAAUGACUGGGCAUCCAGUUCUUCAGAGGCAAACUCACGUUGCCAAACUCCAACCAAGCCAAAGCUGAGUCCAUCAUCUUCUCAGCCCUUCAUGUCUGAUGUGCCUCUGGAGCCUGUGGAGUGGACAGGGGCAGAGGAGACUCUCUUCCGUGUUUUCCAUGGAACUUACUUCAAUAACUUCUGCUCCAUUGCUCGGCUUCUGGGAACCAAGACAUGCAAGCAGGUCUUUCAGUUUGCUGUAAAGGAAUCCUUGAUAACAAAGCUACCAGUUAAUGAGCUCCUGAAUCCCUCCCAGAAGAAGAAGAGGAAGCACAGGCUCUGGGCUGCUCACUGCAGGAAGAUCCAGCUUAAGAAAGACAAUUCAUCAACUCAAGUGUUCAACUACCAACCCUGUGACCAUCCAGACCAUCCUUGUGACAGCUCCUGUCCUUGCAUUAUGACACAGAAUUUCUGUGAGAAAUUCUGCCAGUGCAAUCCUGAUUGCCAGAACCGGUUCCCUGGCUGCCGUUGCAAGACUCAGUGCAACACUAAGCAGUGCCCCUGCUAUCUGGCUGUGCGGGAAUGUGAUCCAGACCUCUGCCUGACUUGUGGGGCAUCAGAGCACUGGGACUCCAAGGUGGUUUCCUGCAAGAACUGCAGCAUCCAGCGGGGCCUCAAGAAGCACUUGCUGCUGGCCCCAUCAGAUGUUGCUGGAUGGGGAACUUUCAUUAAGGAAUCUGUGCAGAAGAACGAAUUUAUCUCUGAGUACUGUGGGGAGCUUAUCUCUCAAGAUGAGGCUGACCGACGUGGCAAGGUCUAUGACAAGUAUAUGUCCAGCUUCCUCUUCAACCUCAAUAAUGAUUUCGUUGUUGAUGCCACACGCAAAGGCAACAAAAUCCGCUUUGCAAAUCACUCCGUCAAUCCUAACUGUUAUGCCAAAGUGGUGAUGGUGAAUGGAGAUCACCGCAUCGGGAUCUUUGCCAAGAGAGCAAUUCAGGCAGGCGAAGAGCUCUUUUUUGAUUACAGGUAUAGCCAAGCAGAUGCCCUCAAAUAUGUCGGCAUUGAAAGAGAAACGGAUGACAUCUGAUUGAAAUUACUGGCCCUCAGUGUUCCCAGCCAGUAUCAUUGCAUCCUAUUCAUGCUGCUUUCUUUGUUGCUAUAUAUAUUAGGGUUUCAUUGCACCUGGAUUCCUCUUUAGAGAAAGGAAAGAUCCAGCUUUUUCUAUGGACUUGAGAUUCUGAUUCCAAGGCCACUUGACUGGCAGCUAGUGACACCAUGAAGAGUUCUGCUGAAUUACUAUUAGGAGGAAGAUGAGGAGGCUCUGAAAAGGCAAAGUGGUUUAAGACCCUUUUAUAUGCUGAAGCUUGUAAAUCGAUUUGAUUUAUUGGUUAAAAAAUUAUUUGAGCUGAAGAAUGUAUUUCUUUGCUCUGGCUGCAGGCAAAUUUAGAGCAGAGAUUAUCUCAACACAAAUGUCACUUGCAAAGAAAAUCAUAAAGUAUUAUACAGAGGCCAAGGGAGGGGAUUAAUUCAUU